GGGGGUGGCGAUGAGCUGUGCGUGGGAGAGCAAGCACAUUGCCCCCAGCUAGCACAUUGCCACACCCACCACCGCAGCAGCAGCAGCAGCAGCCCAGCCCCACACGGGCAGCCAGCCAGCCAGCCGCGCAACGCAACAAAGGAAAGGGAAGCAAGCGCGGCGCCCCUCCCUUCUCCCCCCACUCUCCUCUCUUCCUCGUUCCAUUCUUUCCCCACCCCCCUUCCCUCCUGCAGCCGCCGCCGCCGCCGCCGCACGCGCGCGCGCCUUACUCCCUCGGUCGGUCGGCGGGGUAGACAGAGAGGAGGAACCCCCUGAGAUCUGGAGAUCUGGUAGGGCGAGGGGGAUGGAGGCCAGCGCCGGGCUGGUCGCCGGCUCGCACAACCGGAACGAGCUCGUCGUCAUCCGCCGCGAUGGCGAGCCAGGGCCGAAGCCGAUGAACCAGCAGAACGGGCAGGUGUGCCAGAUUUGCGGCGACGACGUGGGGCUCAACCCCGACGGGGAACCCUUCGUCGCCUGCAACGAGUGCGCCUUCCCCAUCUGCCGGGACUGCUACGAGUACGAGCGCCGCGAGGGCACGCAGAACUGCCCCCAGUGCAAGACCCGCUUCAAGCGCCUCAAGGGGUGCGCGCGUGUCCCGGGGGAUGAGGAGGAGGACGGCGUCGAUGACCUGGAGAACGAGUUCAACUGGUCGGACAAGCACGACUCGCAGUAUGUCGCCGAGUCCAUACUCCACGCCCACAUGAGCUACGGCCGCGGCGCCGACUUCGACGGCGUGCCGCAGCCCUUCCAGCCCAUCCCAAAUGUUCCCCUCCUCACCAACGGGCAGAUGGUUGAUGACAUCCCGCCGGAGCAGCACGCCCUUGUGCCGUCAUUCAUGGGCGGCGGGGGGAAGAGGAUUCACCCUCUUCCAUACGCGGAUCCGAACCUUCCUGUGCAACCAAGGUCUAUGGACCCAUCCAAGGAUCUCGCUGCGUAUGGCUACGGGAGUGUAGCAUGGAAGGAGAGGAUGGAGAGCUGGAAGCAGAAGCAGGAGAGGAUGCACCAGAUGAGGAACGACGGAGGUGGCAACGAUGAUGGUGAUGAUGCAGAUCUACCACUAAUGGAUGAAGCUAGGCAACCAUUGUCCAGAAAGAUUCCACUUCCUUCAAGCCUGAUCAACCCCUAUAGAAUGAUUAUAAUAAUUCGGCUAGUGGUUUUGGGGUUCUUCUUCCACUACCGUGUGAUGCAUCCGGUGCCUGAUGCAUUCGCUCUAUGGCUCAUAUCUGUGAUCUGUGAAAUAUGGUUUGCCAUGUCUUGGAUUCUUGAUCAGUUUCCAAAGUGGUUUCCUAUUGAGAGGGAAACCUAUCUUGACCGGUUGACUUUGAGGUUUGACAAGGAAGGGCAGCCUUCUCAACUCGCCCCAGUUGAUUUCUUUGUCAGUACGGUUGAUCCCUUGAAGGAACCUCCGUUGGUCACAGCAAAUACUGUUCUAUCUAUCCUGGCAGUGGAUUAUCCAGUUGAUAAGGUUUCUUGCUAUGUUUCUGAUGAUGGUGCUGCCAUGCUGACAUUUGAAGCACUGUCUGAAACAUCCGAAUUUGCAAAGAAAUGGGUUCCUUUCUGCAAAAGGUACAGUAUUGAGCCUCGUGCUCCAGAAUGGUACUUCCAACAGAAGAUAGACUACCUGAAAGAUAAGGUGGCACAGAACUUUGUUAGGGAGCGGAGAGCAAUGAAGAGAGAGUAUGAGGAGUUCAAGGUCAGAAUCAAUGCCUUGGUUGCUAAAGCCCAAAAGGUACCGGAGGAAGGAUGGACAAUGCAGGAUGGAACUCCAUGGCCUGGAAACAACGUUCGUGAUCAUCCUGGAAUGAUUCAGGUCUUCCUUGGUCAAAGCGGUGGCCAUGAUGUGGAAGGAAAUGAGCUGCCUCGAUUGGUUUAUGUUUCAAGAGAAAAACGGCCAGGCUACAACCAUCAUAAGAAGGCUGGUGCUAUGAAUGCAUUGGUCCGAGUCUCUGCUGUACUAACUAAUGCACCAUAUUUGCUGAACUUGGAUUGUGAUCACUACAUCAAUAACAGCAAGGCUAUUAAGGAAGCAAUGUGUUUUAUGAUGGAUCCUUUGCUAGGAAAGAAAGUUUGCUAUGUGCAGUUUCCUCAAAGGUUCGAUGGGAUUGAUCGUCAUGAUCGAUACGCCAACCGGAAUGUUGUCUUUUUCGAUAUCAACAUGAAAGGUUUGGAUGGUAUUCAAGGCCCCAUUUAUGUCGGUACUGGAUGUGUCUUCAGAAGACAGGCAUUAUACGGCUAUGAUGCCCCCAAAACAAAGAAGCCACCAUCGAGGACUUGCAACUGCUGGCCAAAGUGGUGCAUCUGCUGUUGCUGUUUUGGUAACAGGAAAACCAAGAAGAAGACCAAGACCUCAAAGCCUAAAUUCGAGAAGCUAAAGAAACUUUUCAAGAAAAAGGAAAAUCAAGCCCCUGCUUAUGCUCUUGGUGAAAUUGACGAAGCUGCUCCAGGAGCGGAAAACGAAAAGGCUAGUAUUGUAAAUCAACAGAAGUUAGAAAAGAAAUUUGGCCAGUCUUCAGUUUUUGUUGCUUCCACACUUCUUGAGAAUGGUGGGACCCUUAAGAGUGCCAGUCCAGCUUCUCUUCUAAAGGAAGCUAUACAUGUCAUCAGUUGCGGCUACGAGGACAAGACAGGCUGGGGGAAAGAUAUUGGUUGGAUUUAUGGAUCAGUUACAGAAGAUAUUCUUACUGGGUUUAAGAUGCACUGCCAUGGUUGGCGAUCAAUUUACUGCAUACCUAAACGGGCCGCCUUCAAAGGUUCUGCACCUCUCAAUCUUUCUGAUCGUCUUCACCAGGUUCUUCGGUGGGCUCUUGGUUCAAUUGAAAUUUUCUUCAGCAACCAUUGUCCUCUUUGGUAUGGGUAUGGUGGUGGGCUAAAAUUUCUGGAAAGAUUUUCCUACAUUAACUCCAUCGUGUACCCUUGGACAUCCAUCCCACUCCUGGCCUAUUGCACAUUGCCUGCCAUCUGCUUGCUGACAGGGAAAUUUAUUACACCUGAGCUUACCAAUGUUGCCAGCCUCUGGUUCAUGUCACUUUUUAUCUGCAUUUUUAUUACGGGUAUCCUGGAAAUGAGAUGGAGUGGUGUAGGUAUCGAUGAUUGGUGGAGAAAUGAGCAGUUUUGGGUCAUUGGAGGUGUGUCUUCACAUCUCUUUGCCGUGUUCCAAGGACUUCUCAAGGUCAUAGCUGGUAUAGACACGAGCUUCACUGUGACAUCAAAGGGUGGAGAUGAUGAGGAGUUCUCAGAGCUGUACACAUUCAAAUGGACGACCCUUCUUAUACCUCCAACCACUCUGCUCCUCUUGAACUUCAUUGGAGUGGUAGCCGGUAUUUCCAAUGCGAUCAACAACGGAUAUGAAUCCUGGGGACCCCUCUUCGGGAAGCUCUUCUUUGCAUUUUGGGUGAUUGUCCAUCUGUACCCGUUCCUCAAGGGUUUGGUUGGGAGGCAGAACAGGACGCCAACCAUUGUCAUUGUCUGGUCCAUCCUCUUGGCUUCAAUCUUCUCGCUGCUCUGGGUCCGGAUCGAUCCUUUCCUUGCGAAGAACGAUGGUCCCCUCUUGGAGGAGUGUGGUUUGGAUUGCAACUAGGAGGUCAGCAUGUGAACUUCCCCGUCAGUAUUGUGCUCGAAGAAGUAUUUUUGCAGAUGUUUUGUGCCCAUAUUUUUCCAUUUUUUCCUCUGUAGAUAGAAACACGAAAAAAAAAAAGUCUUGCAUUUCUUUUGUUCUAUGGUGGUAGCUCAGCCUCAUGACUGCAAUAUUGGGCAAACGGGAGGCUGUGACAACCUUGUGCAGUUCGGCCACGAAUAUAGAAACCAAAUGCCUGUGUUGAUUGUUCAGCAUUCUUUAUUAGUUUUGGUGGAUACUUAUGGGUGAGCCGAACAGAAAGUCGUUUGAGUAUGAACUGCUCUACAUCUGCAAAGUUGUUUCUCAAUAAGGCAGGAAUAGAUCUGCCGUCUGGAAUAGAGGAAGAUGCACAUUAUUUAUGUAGUGAUGAUGAGUGUACCUUUGCCUGCCCAUUUGAAGGGCCUGUGCAUUCCUUCCUGCCCCCCCCCCCCCUUUCUGGUGCAAUUCUCCUUACUAGGACAGAAACUCCAUUAGUGUCUAGUAAUGUAGCGCGUCCAGUGAUGUAAUUUGUAAAUGUGCCAUUUUGUUGAUCAAUUGCGUAAAGAAUCAAUCGUUGCUAUUGA